CCCUGUUUUCUACCGCUGAUGAAUGUUGCUUACAAACAACACACACACAUUUUGGUGAAUUUGAUACAGGCUGCCGUGGUUGUUAAGGACAGGCAAGAAUCAGUCGGAGACUCGUGCGGGUCUUACAUGUCUGUAUUUUCCAACCGACUUCGUCACCCGAUGUAAAACACGUGCCAUCCURUCCAUGCUCUCCUCCUAUUCGGACAUCCAAGUUAAUCGAUCAGGGAAACGCUGUUUUCGGUCGACAGCUUCCGAGGUUCACCCCGUAAUGUGUUGGAAUUGGAUUUACACAUUUAGCUGAUUAUUAGCCUACGCGUGAUUUAAUUCAGACGUUUUUCAUCCUAAAUCGUGUUUCCUCUUAUCCCAGUAAAAAAAAAGGGGAGUUUAUGAUGAUUGCAUUGUUGUAGUAGGUGCCGUUCUAAAGAGAGAGAGGGUGCAAGGCAGCGUGUAUGCGGUUGAUGCCUGACCGAAGCGACCGCUCUCACCAGGAAUGUAACAAGACAGUCUCUCGUACAGUUUCCGCUAUUUGACAGGAUGCAACCGCAUGAUCUGUACUAAAACGGCCAGAGCAGGCUUCAUUGACAAUGUUUUUUUGAGGUUUGUACAAGUGGGAGCCGGUGGGAAAGAACGCAGCGUGUUAUAUGGGCAUAUAACCAGCAGCGUCUCCCGAGAAACAGCGUUUGUUGUAUUCCAAUUGCAUAUGGUUGAACCGCUCGUGAACCAUCUCCUGACACCAAUACAUUCAGUUCUUGCUGUGGUUUUGCUGGGAGUUUUUCUUUUGCAAGCCUGUAAGAGACACCAACUUGUGUUGCGGGAAUCGCUCCUGAAGUAUAUGGGAGAGAAGAUAUUGGCAUCUAUCUAUGCGCGUAAAUAUGGGACUAUAUUGGACAUAUGUUUGAGUUAUUACAUUGACCGUCUGAAGGGAAAUUGUGCACGAAAUAGUAGAGUUUCUUGUCAAAUAAUCCGAAGAAUGUACUGGUAGCCUGGAUAGAUGGUGUUAUUUUGUUGGGGGUCCAGUGACGCAACAUUUCAUACSGCCUGGAUGAGGAACAUAGAAAUCCAUGUGUAGAAGGGCGUGAACUCACAGACUCACAGUUGGUACCCUCCUUCCUUCUCUAGUGUCAAUAGCGUUCCCUUCGCUGCUAGUACUUUCCCAUUCUUCCCCUUCACACUGAUACCAUAUAGCCUCGUCAUGGAUCUCAAAGCGGAGUCAGAAGAGAUGGUGGACUCCUUCAAGCGACCGGUGCCUAUUGAAGUUUUCGCCAGCAGGUCCACACUGCACGGCAUCUCGCACCUGUUCACCUACGAACGGAUGUGCGUCAAGCGGUGCCUGUGGAUCUUGUUCUUCCUGGCUUCUCUGGGGUUCCUGGUGUUGGUGUGUGUWGACCGGGUCCAGUUCUACUUCCAGUACCCCCACGUUACCAAGCUGGACGAGAUAGCGACCCCGCUGAUGAUAUUCCCCGCUGUCACCUUCUGCAACCUGAACUCUUUUCGCUUCGGCAGGGUGACGCGUAACGAUCUGUACCAUGCAGGGGAGCUCCUUUCACUACUCAAUGGAAGGUACGAGAUCAGAGACACUCACCUGGUUGAGGAGAGCGUUCUGGAGACCCUGAAGAUCAAAGCUGACUUCCUCAACUUCAAGCCCCGCCCCUUUAACAUGCGWGAGUUCYACGACCGGACGGGCCAUGACAUCAAGGACAUGCUGCUGUCAUGCUACUACCGCGGGAUGGAGUGCAGCGCUGAGGACUUCACUGUGGUGAGUGAGACAAUGGUGCAUGUGAAGACUAUACAUACCUGCAUAACUGGCGUUAUAGGCUCCCAUAGAUACGUUUCUCUGGGAUGCUAAGCUAGUUGCUGUCAUGCUACUACUGCAGGGUG